UUGAUGUCGGCAGGAAGAAGAAGAAGAAGAAAAAGAAGAAACGGACGGAGCCUCGUUUUGUUUUUGUUUUUCUAAACAGAGGGAAAGUUCCCGCUCCGCCGCCGCUUCUUCACCUCCCGCGUCGUUAACGGUGAGCUCUCGGUGUGUGGAGGCGGAGCUCCGGACCGGAGCCGAAUACAGCAACACUUUAGAUCUAGAAAGGGAGGACUCGUCACCCGCUGACCCCCUCCUCCUCCCUCCGUCUCUCCUUCUCCAACAUGACGAUCCUCCCGAAGAAGAAGCCCAGCUCUGGGGUUGGAGUGUCGGACCACGCCGAUGACAGCGACCGUCGCAGCGGCUCCGACCCGCACCAGCACCCGCACGCGGGGCGGACCGGAGCGCGGCCGAGGGCUUCGCCUCCGCCGUGGUCGUACCAGCCCGCUCCGCCCUCCGCCAGAGACGACAGGCGGAGCAUCGAGGCCAGCUCCCGGCCGCAGCAGGCCUCUCCGCCGCCGGUUGGCUCCGUGUCCCCGGUGGGCCCCGGGGACGGUCGGGACGGCAGCGGGGGGAUGGUGGCCGUGCCCCGCGGGGAGCUGGUGGUGUCGGCCGGCGUCGUCGGAUGCGGCGGCGGCCUCGGCAGCUGCUGCUCCGGGCCUGGACUGAGUAAGAGACGGCGGCAGGCAGGCACCUGCUCCGGCGGAGUGGUGGCGACUCUGGCCGGCGGAGGCCAGCCCGGUGUGACCGGGAACGGAGGAGUGGGCUCCAGCCAGGACACGGAGGAGGGAGCCGGAAAUAACAGCGAGGACGAGUACGAGAACGCGGCCCGGCUGCAGUCCGUGGACCCGGCCACCGUGGAGCAGCAGGAGCACUGGUUUGAAAAAGCUUUGGGGGAGAAAAAAGGCUUUGUCAUCAAGAAGAUGAAGGAGGACGGAGCAUGUCUGUUUAGAGCUGUGGCUGACCAGGUGUAUGGAGAUCAGGACAUGCAUGAAGUGGUCAGGAAACACUGUAUGGAUUACCUGAUGAAGAACGCAGACUAUUUCUCCAACUAUGUGACGGAAGACUUCACCACGUACAUCAACAGGAAGAGGAAAAACAAUUGCCAUGGCAACCACAUUGAGAUGCAGGCCAUGGCAGAGAUGUACAACCGACCAGUAGAGGUGUAUCAGUACAGCACAGGUGAGUUGUCACAUGACGGCCCGCCCAUCUGUCACUGUCAGCCAGUCACACCUGACCCUGCCUGCUUUUCUGCUGCAGAGCCAAUCAACACGUUCCACGGCAUCCACCAGAACAACGACGAGCCAAUCAGAGUGAGCUACCAUCGUAACAUCCACUACAACUCUGUGGUGAAUCCUAACAAGGCCACCAUCGGGGUGGGGCUGGGUCUGCCUGCCUUCAAGCCCGGGUAUGCAGAACAGUCUCUGAUGAAGUCGGCCAUAAAGACGUCAGAAGAGUCGUGGAUUGAGCAGCAGAUGUUGGAAGAUAAGAAGCGAGCGACAGAUUGGGAGGCGACGAACGAGGCCAUCGAGGAGCAGGUGGCACGAGAGUCGUACCUGCAGUGGUUACAGGACCAGGAGAAGCAGGCCAGACAGCCUCGUAAGGCUAGCGCCACCUGCAGCUCAGCGACGGCAGCAGCCUCCAGCGGGCUGGAUGACUGGAGUGCCCGGUCGCCACGGCAACGAGACUCUGACCCCUCCCACUCUGACCUCACAACCACUUUGUCGACCAACAACAAGCCCCCUUCCCCCGCCGGAGCUGCUCUCAUUCUGAGCAAACCCCCCUCCCCCUGCGCACCAGGUCCCAGUAAUCAGAGUCGUCAUCAUUUGGAGUACAGAGCCAUCAUGCAGGAGAUGUCACCAACAGCAUUCGGUCUCACAGACUGGGAGGACGAUGAGAUCCUGGCGUCCGUCCUCGCCGUCUCACAGCAGGAAUAUCUGGACAGCAUCAAACACCAGAGCACCACCAUGCACCGAGAGAGAGAACCGUCACCUGACAGCAGCUGAUACACACACACACACACACACACACACACACACACACACACACACACACACAAAAACAACCAUGACUUUUGACCCCUCCCUCCCUCUGCCCACUCGCCCGCCUCUGACCCACUGAAGGAGAUCGACCAGGGACAAAAUAAAACAUCAAACAAACUCA